GUGCAAAGCAAGUUCUUGUUUUAUAAAUGUAUUUGUAUGUGAUUUAUAGAAUUUUAGAAGAUUGGCCAAACACAUAUUGUUUUACAAAAGCAAUUGCAGAAAAUUUGGUAUUAAUAAAUGGAAUUCACUUACCAAUUUCAGUGUUUCGUCCAUCAAUUAUCGGCUGUACGAAAUCAGAGCCUGGUCCCGGUUGGCUGGAAAACAUGAACGGUCCAUCUGGGAUAGUUGCCGGUGUCAUGACUGGAUUUUUGAGGACCGUUCCAAUUGUCAAAAACAAAAUCACGGAUAUAGUGCCGGCGGAUUACACCGUCAAUGCGUUGAUUAGUGUCAUGUGGGACACGGUGAACAGAUAUCAAAACUCCAACUUGAUAAACCAGGAACCAAAAGUUUAUAAUUACGUUUCUAGUGUUGAGAGUCCCUUGCUAUGGGGUAGGUAUAUUGAAGAAAUGAAUGGCCAUUAUCAUGAAGCACCGCCUCUACAGUCAAUAUGGUAUAUAUUUUAUGUUUUUUAUACCAAUUUAUGGAUUGGCAAAAUGUUGAGAUUCGUAUUGCACCGGAUACCAGCCGCGUUGAUGGAUUUUUGGUUAACCGUAUGUGGUAAAAGUCCUAAAAUUUUGAAAAUGUAUGUGAAAACGGAAUGCAUGAUGGAUUUGCUUUAUGAGUUUACUACGAGACAGUGGAAAUUCGACAAUAGUAACACUAGGGAGUUGUGGUCGUUGUUAAGUCAAGACGACCGUAACGUUUUCUGGUACAGCCUGGAAGAAUUUGAUUGGACAUCCUAUAUAAAAAUUUAUUUUUAUGGUAUCAGAAAACACGUGUUACAUGAAGAAUUGAGUAACGUGACUAAAGCAACAGAAAAAAAUCGAAAAUUAUUUUGGAUGCAUCAGUUAUGUAUUUCUUUAAUUAUUUACGUUGCGUUCCAAGCAUGUUGGACGUUUGUAUCGUAUAUUCAUAUUGAUUAACAGAACGUAUAGGUACAGCAUAUUUCACUGGCUACACAGUAUACAUUAUUAAUUGUUAUC